AUGCCUGUUACUCUCCAUCCAUCAGACACAAAACCCAGUACCUGGCGUUGGCCAAUGGCGACAAGCGCCAAAGAUCUACUCGGCGAUUCUUGCCCCAAAGAUUUCAAACGCAGCGGAGAGAUCUUCCACAGUUCUUUUCCCGAAAAUUGCGACCGCUCACACAUCUCUCCAAGCCAGCAUGGGUUUGUCCGCUCGGUGUGGCGCGCCUACUCUGACCACCACCACCUGACUGUGCGACCAGAGGAUGUAUGGUUUUCGAUCCUGGUCCAACUCAACUUCUACAUCAAUGCACAUGCCGAGGAGCUACGGUCGCACUUUGUCGCGCACGAGGGGCAGAAAGAACUCGUGGUCCAGGACGUUGGAACCAUUCACUCCGUCGACGUGGGUAAACUGGCCAUCCAGUUGACGGAAAAGAUUCAGGAGAACGUCCUUGAUCCUGAGCUGCGUGCCUGGCUUAUACCCGCGUUCAGCACCACUACAAGGUCCGAUGAGGUCAUAGCUGCGGUUCUCAUGAUGGGAACACUCCAGAAAUAUUUCUCUUACAAGAUGUGUCUGAUGUGUGGGAUCCCGACCGUGACUUUGCUCGGUGAGCGCGAUGACUGGGAGAAGCUGCUGGCGAAGCUCGACAAGCUCCGUGAACUUGGUAAAGAGCCUACUCAAUUUGCAGACCUUCUCGGGCCUGUGUUGCAGGGGUUUGUGAUGUCAUUCGAUGACCCUUCUUCUCCUACCACAUACAAUUUCUGGAACCGGUGCGUCCAUCACAUCGGUGGAGGAAGUGGUCCCGUUUACCUCUCCGGAUGGAUCACGGCCUUCUGUAUGUGGGACGAGGACGGCAAAAGCCUCUACAACCAUCGUGGACUGCAGAUGUCCGGUGUCACAUUUCCGCUGGUCGAUACUGGUGAUAUUCCCUCUGGGUUUGCGAGCGUUCCAGUUCUAGUCGAUGACAAUGGGCACGAAAUCAAGACUGUGAUGGUAGCUGGCUUAGUCGGAAUUGAGGUGUCGGCAAGCGAGCCGACCGGCGACGCUACUACCAAUGACCACCAGAGUACGACUAGCGCGUCCCUGGGAUCAGCUACUGUGGCAGCGAAAUUGGAUUCGAUUCGACCAUUCUCUGCCUGGUGGAUGUUUGAGGAUCUCGGAGAAGAAAAGGAAAAUGACAAUGGUGAAUGA